ACAGUUUCCGUGCGAAGCUCAAGACCGAGCCGGAAGUUGCUUUCUCCCGGGGCUGCUGGGGCCGCCGUCUGUGUGUGGAGCCGUCGGUGCCGCCGCAGUCAUGCCUAUGAAGGGCAGGUUCCCUAUUCGGAGGACGCUGCAGUACCUGAGCCAGGGCGACAUCGUCUUCAAGAACUGCGUGAAGGUGAUGACGGUGAACUACAACACGCACGGAGAGCUCAGCGACGGCGCCAGAAAAUUUGUGUUUUUCAACAUACCUCAGAUUCAGUACAAAAAUCCUUGGCUGCAGAUUGUGAUGUUUAAAAACAUGACUCCCUCACCAUUCUUAAGAUUCUACUUGGAUACUGGAGAGCAAGUCCUGGUUGAUGUGGAAGAGAAGACUAACAAAGAGAUAGCAGAGCACAUUAAGAAAAUUCUUGGUAAAAGCAAAGGAACAAUCCAGGAAGAAGAAGAGAAAAAGAGGCGAUGGCAUCCUGCAUCAUUUGGUCCCAAAAAAUACCACUUGCGGGAAUGCAUGUGUGAAAUUGAUGGCCAAGUUCCCUGUCCUGGUAAAGUGCCACUGCCAAAAGAGAUGACUGGCAAAUACAAAGCUGCCAUGAAAGACAUUUCCUAAGCCACCUUGACCCCAAGCUGUUCCACAGCAGGAAUUAAAGACUGCCGACUAAUAAGAAACUGACUGGUUACAGGCAUGACGAGAAUACAAUAUUGUGAGAGACUUAUGGAAGGAAAGUAGAUGGGCUUAAUUCUUUCACUGCUGUACACUGAGUGGUAAAUAUUUUAUAAAUGCUUUUUUAAAAAAAACGAAAGAGAACAAAUUUUGGGACAUAUUGAUUAUAAUGCCAACGAUAGUUUUCUUAUCUGUGGAGGAAGAGCAGUCAUCCUGGGAAAAGAGAGCUUGGAUUAUGUCCACAUUGUAUAAUGCAGUUCUAUAGGAACAGAGAAAAAGAUUGGAACAGGAAAUGCUGAUUCCUUUUCCAAAAGUUGAUUUUAUUUAAAGUACUUACAUUUUAAAAGCCUACAAAUGUUCCUCAUUAAUUGAAUGUAGAUAUAGGGCUAAAACAAUUGUAUGUCUGUGAUUUAUGGGAUUUUUGCUAGUCUUCAGUGGUUAGAAAUAACAUUUCAAUCUGUUUACCCUUUCUAUAAUGAUGCAAAUUCAAGUUGCCUGGCUGCAGGAUAUAAAACAGUUCAGUGUGAUGUAGAUGUUUAACUUGUUCAAAAACUUGCAAGCAAUUGGCUGAAAAGUAUUUUGUGAGAGGUGCCCCACAAGGAUAUUCUCUUUCAAUGUUACAGAGUCUUGGGAGAAGUCAUUGGCCUGUUCCAUAACCUGCUUAGCCAGGGUCAACAUCUAACCCAGUCAGCACACAGUCACACUAACUAGAUUUUAAAAAUCACAAUUUGGGGAACAUGGCUUGACCUUUGUAGAAAACCAAUGUUUAGGUCAGUUUUCUCAACCUUGGCAACUUUAAGAUGUAUGGACUUCAGCUCCCAGAAUUCCCCAGCCAGCUUACUGACUGGGGAAUCCUGGAAGUUGGCCCACACAUCUUAAAGUUCCUAAGGUUGAGAAACACUGGCUUAGGUAUUAUGUUCUGUGCUGCUAUGCUUUGCAAUACAUUCUAUAAUGGAGAGCCAUUCUUUUGCCUAGAGAACUAGAUAUGCAGAACAGAUCACUGAAUGGAUUUAGGCUAAUCCAGUAUGUGACUUGAUCAAAUAUAAUAUAGGGAUUAAUCCCCCCCCCCCCCCCCCCAGGAAAAUAUGUUGUGAGAAUAUGGUCAUGGCAAAAUUUCUGUUCAAUUUUUUUUAGUUUGGUUGAGAAAAGAAAUAGACAAUUUAUUAUUUGCCCUAUCACCAUAUCUGUUUUUAAUUAUCUUCUGGAUUGUCUUAUUUUACAUUAUACAAGUAUAACUGUUACUAAAACGAUAAAAUUGGGUAUUUGAAAAAGCUUUAUCAGCAGGCAUCAGCUAUUUAGAUAGCAGAAGCUGUAUAUCACUUACUGUGUGUAUCGAGGCUUUCCAUGUUUAUGGAAGCCAAAACUGUACCACCUGCAUAAAAAGAAGUAGCAUCUAAUGCCCUACACAACACAGGAUUUUAUCUAUGCUGAAGCCAAGAGGUGAGAAUAAAAGUAAAAUUGUGACUUUUAAAAAGCCACAAUAAUUUUAAAGCAAGGAAAAAGAUGAGUUCUGUAGUGCAGACUGUUUGUUUUCUUGGUUCAAAUGGUACAUUAUUUCAAAACAGACUUCAGAUUUUUUUUACACUAAAGGUUAUAUAUCUCACAGUAUAGCAACCAAAAUGUAUUUGAUUGUUCCUUUAUAUUAUUUUUUGAAUUGCAGUAUUGGCAAUCACUACAUUUCAUCAUGGUACAUACUUUUUCUAUGCAAGGUUUGGGUUUAAAGAUUGUUCACAUUUUUAUUUAAAAUAUCCUGUUCCAGAGAAGCAAAGAAGGGGUUUUUCUCCCUAUUUGCAUUUCUCAUUUCACCUGAGCUGAAGAAAGUAUCUUGGUGCAAAACACAAAGUCCCAGGUUAAAUCCUUAGAAGCUUUUCAGUAGACGUGCCUGGGAAAGACCUCUGUCUGAACAAUGUAGACAGUGCUUCAUUGGACAAAUUGCCUGGCUUAGUAUAAAGAGGCUUCCUGCAUGUUGCCGAUAAGAUGCCAAGAAAUGUGCAGUUCACAUGAAAGACUAGAAUGCUGCAGCUGAUGUUGACCUAAUCACUUUUUCCACACUCACAGAAACAAAAAUCUUACUUUAUUUCAUCAGAAAGUUUACAAACUAGUGCAUGCAAAUGUACAAACAAAUGUCAUUAGUGUUAAGUCUCAUAAUGGCAUGUCUUGUUCAUUUUCAUUGUGUCAAUUCAGUAGUACAAAUGGAAGGCUGACAGAAUGUGGGACAAUCACUGAAUUAUCAAGAAGGAUAAUUCCACAUUGACUUGCAGUUAUAGAGCUACAACCAACAUAUUUAUUAAUAAAAUACAUCAAUACUGUGUCUUAUAAAGUAUUAGACUAUGGCAUACAUAGAAACCAGGCAGACCGCAUGUAACAAGGAAAUGUGGUUUUAAAAAGCCACUGAAACCUUCAUUUUGGCUGGACUACACAAAGAGUGACAGAUCAAGUUUGUUGCCUUGCUGUCCUUAAUACAGUUUUACCUUAAAUAAUAACUAUAACUUUGCUGCUAGCUCAAUUUAUAGGUAUCCAUUUUUAAUACAUUUUAUUUAUUUAUGCUCAUAUUCCAGCUCAGUCCUGUUUAGUGCGCUACAAGUUCAUUUCCAGAUGCUCCCAUUUUUUAAAAACAUUAAACUCAUAACAAGUAUCCUUAGAAUAUUAUGGCCCUAUGUGGAGCAUUCAAGUCAGCUUCUACAGGAACUCAGGGUUUAUUAUAACAGGCUGCCACUGAGUUCAGCUGAGUUACGAUGCAUGAAAUCAUAGCUAAGCUAGCUUUUCCCUCUAAAAAUGGAAAACGAUUAACAAUGCUUAAUGUGUAAAGUGCUGCCUUAGUUCUUGACCAUAUUACCCCAAAUCCUUGAGGAAUGUAACAUUUAGUGCCCACCUAUACUGUGUACAGUAUCAUCUAUGCCAGCUUUUCUAAAUGGGAACAAUUUCCAAAAUCAGAUUGAUGAUUAAUGCUCGGGCCUUCUUCCCAUUCCCGUAAGUCCAUAAUACUCUCCAAGUAAGUCUUUCCUGUGUAAACAAUUAAAAUUGGUUUUAAGUCCCCAAAAUAAUUAAAUGCAACAAAAUAAAAUUCUUUCAGUACAACUGAAAUCAGAAAUUAUUUAACAUUUAACAGUCCCUAAACAUUUCUGUUCACAGCUGGCAGAUCAAUAAAAGAAAAAAAUCUUCACUGUUGCAAAUGAAUAACUCAACCCUAAGAAUCUCAUAACCUCCAUUUAGGGUUUGCACAAAUCCUCCAAACAACAAAUUGAGGUGGUACAUCAACGCUGUCCUUUUUCUUCCCCAAAAUGUGUUCAUUUUGGUCUUUCUUGUACUCAGGGUUUAUAAAAGCGGAAUGUUCUUCAAAUCUAGACUGAAAAUUUCCUUCAAUCCUAGACAGAGAUAAAGUUAGGAAGAAACAUGGAGAGGACCUUCUAGUUUUUAAUUUAUGCUCUGAUCAAGUGGACACCCAGGAUGGCCCCCUUAAAGCACAAUUCUCCUGGAUGUAAAUCUCCUAAUUUUUGCAAGCAGAAAACAGUUUACCUAUUAUGACAUUUCUGCAAGCCUGGAAACUCUGUAGUUUGAGAGUGUGAUAAAUGUUCAACAUCCUUACAAAAGGUAUAGUCCAGAAUUAGCUGGAAAAAGCUAUUAAAAUAAAUAGUUUAAUCACCUGAAGAACAGG